AUGGUUUCAACUACAACUCCGACGACGUACGUCGAUAAGGAUGCCUUGCGGACUCGCUUUGCUGCAGCCAUGUCCAGUAUGUACCGCAGCGAGGUGCCGCUUUACAGUGACCUAAUCGACAUUGUGCACGACGCCAAUGAGAGGAUGCUGAGCAGCGUCAACGCAAAAGCCCAACCCAGUGACGCUACAGGCAUCAAGGCCAACAUUGAGCGCCUGACUCAAGAACGACAUGGUGCAAUCCGCCUCGGUACCCCUUACGAGCUCCGAACAAUCAAGAGGAUAUUUGAAGUCUUGGGUAUGCACCCAAUCGGAUACUACGAUCUCUCAAUCGCGGGACUACCAAUGCAUGCAACCUGUUUUCGCCCUCUGACGGUGUCAAGCCUCAACUCCAAUCCUUUUCGUGUGUUCACUACUUUACUACGGCCUGAGUUACUAGCUUCUGAAGAAGCCCGUCGGCUCUCAUUGAAGUUGCUAGAGAAGCGCAACAUUUUCAGCGAUCUUUUGUUGAAUAUCCUCGAUGUAGCGGAAAUGCAGGGCGGGAGGCUGAAAGAAGAGCAAACUGAGGCUUUUAUCCAAGAGGCUUUAUCCACCUUCAGCUGGCAGUCUGUCGCGGCGGCUACCAUUGAUCAAUAUCAGGUCCUGAAGGCCGAGCAUCCUAUUUUAGCCGAUAUCGCAUGCUUUCAAAGCGCACAUAUCAACCACCUUACUCCCCGAACUUUGGACAUUUCGGCAGUUCAUUUGGCUAUGAAAAAAGCUGGCAUGGCUGCUAAGGAUGCUAUUGAAGGUCCACCAGCUCGCGAAUGCCCGAUCCUGUUGCGCCAAACCAGUUUCCUUGCUCUAGAAGAGGCAGUUCGAUUUAGGCAAAAUGAGAGCCAGAGCAUUGCCCUUGGGUCGCAGAAAGCCAUGAUUGAGGCCCGUCAUAAGGCGCGUUUUGGGGAAAUUGAGGAACGUGGUGCAGCAGUCACUCCAAAAGGCCGAGAACUUUAUGACAGGUUACUCCGGGAGUCCAAAAGGCUUUCCGCAGGCGCCACAGCCAUCCAAGCCGCCGUCAUUGCUACCAAAGUGUUCAAGGAGUUUCCCGAUACCUGGCGGGAGCUUAGACUACAGGGUCUCAUAUACUGCGAGUUCUACGUGAAGCAAGCCGCCACCAUGUCGUCACUGGAUUUGGAUCUGAAGGAUGGUCCUAUUCUUGAACAGCUAAUUUCUAUGAACGCUGUGGAAGCUUUACCUAUCACAUACGAGGACUUCCUACCAUUCUCUGCUGCAGGAAUCUUUCAGUCAAAUUUGCAGACGGGCAAUUCCUCUAAAUCCGCGUCACAAUAUUCACUAGGCGUGAGUCAGUCGGUGGCAGACCCAAAGGGCCUGGAGAAGGCCAUGGAUGCGAAGAUUUCGGACCUUGAUGCAUGGUACUCUGCUGUGCAAACGAAGAGUCUUGAAGAUGUUGGAAAAAGCCUUGGAUUUACUCUGGGCGAGCUUAUGCCAAACAAUGUAUAG